AUGUCGUCCAUUGCCCAGUUCACCAAAUGGCUCCGCAAGAAGCAGAUCCAGAUCGAAGUCACCUUUGCCGUGUACAUGUUUACGCCCUGGGAGAAGUUUGCCUUUUACUCCAUCGUGUUCCUCCUCUUUAGCCUGACAUUCAUCGCCGCCGUCCUCUACCUCCCCCACCACAUCACCAUCCUUGCCGGCCGCGUCUGGUACUACAUCAACGGCGAGAGCAUCGACGUCGCGGCCUCGGCGCGCGGGGCCGUGCGUGAGGUCAUGUCCUCGGGCGUGCUGGAUGCCACCAUUCCCAUCAUCACCGCCGGUGCCGUCGACACACCGCCCGUCAAGGCCGAGCUGUGA